AUGCCUGCAAGUGGCGCCGACAUUCACGGCGGAAUCCCCGGUGGGGUCUUUCCAGGAGGCGUUGGGGGGUUCUCUGGUGGGAGUGGUGUGCCAGAAGCGGCAUCUGCGGCGGCAAAUGCGGCGGCUCUUGGGGGGGCAGCGGUUGGUACAGUACCAGGCCAAGUGACUGGAGAAAAUGGCGGCGGCGGCGGCGGUGGUGGUAAAGGACAAGGGAUGCCGCCCGAUUUUAUAGAAGUGAGAGUAGUAGGUUCCAAGAAGCUGCAGGAGGCGGGCGGCUCCAUGAUUCCCGGAGGGGGGUCUUACAAACCCAUCGCGGCUACUUCAUCCCGACUGGCAGAGACCCAUCGGGGUUAUUUCAUCCCGGUGCGGCCGGAUAAGAACGUGGUGGUGAGCCAGUCAGGUGCUGCAGGAGGUGGUAAUGACUCAAAUAUUCGCUUCUGUUCUUCCCCCGCUUCGUUCUUCCUCCCCUUCCCCAGACUGGCAGAGACGCAUCGCGGGUAUUUCAUCCCGGUGCGGCUGGAUAAGAACGUGGUGGAGAGCCAACUGGCAGAGACCCAUCGCAGCUAUUUCAUCCCGGUGCGGCCGGAUAAGAACGUGGUGGAGAGUCAGGUGCUGCAGGGGGCGGAGAUGGCAACACACUCAUCAACCCCCCUUGUCAUGUUCUCUUUUCCUAUCCGUCUCUUCCUUGCGUUCCCUCCCCCAGACUCGCAGAAACCCACCGCGGGUAUUUCAUCCCGACUCGCAGAGACUCACCGCGGGUAUUUCAUCCCGGUGCGGCCGGAUAAGAACGUGGUGGAGAGUCAGGUGCUGCAAGGAGCAGAGUUUGUGAAGACGAGGCAGGUGGAGCUUGACAAGUACGUGCAGCGCCUCGCUCGCCACCCUGCAAUUCGCAGAAGCGCCGAUCUGAUUUCCUUCCUGACGUCAUCUGACAGAUUCCAGCCCGCUUCAUCGGUAGACCUCGCUUCCCGCGUGCUGGAAGGUGCCGUGAAGCUUCCCCAGCAGCUGUUUGGGGCGGCAGACUCCAUCACGCCGGCAGAAGCUGCCAAACCGGCGGGCGGCGGGAGGAACCUUCUCAGAAUGUUCAAGGAGUUUGGGCAGUCGGUGGCGAACGAUUGGACGGGCAAGCCGCCAGCUGUCAGUGGAUCCACGUCAGCAGCAGGGGGAGGAGGAGGAGGAGGAGGAGGAGGAGGAGGAGGAGGAGGAGGAGGAGGAGGAGGAACGUCCACGUCAGCAUUAGAAGCAGGAGCAGCAGCGGGGGCAACAGACGAAGAAUCCGGAAAAUCCGGCGGAAAACUACAAACGGCGCCGACCGCAGCGGAAGUCGAGGCGGACGAGGCGCGGUUUGGUUCGGCCCGAGCCAAGCUGGCAGACCUGGACAAGCACCUUGCCGAGGCUACAGCCGGGGCGGUGGGGAUGAUGCAGGCUCAGGACGGCUGUAGCCGCAUUGUGGGAUCCCUGGGCAUCACGUUCGGGUCCCUGGCUAAGCUGCAGGGGCAGCGCCUGGUGGAGGGGGGCGCGGGGGGCGCAGGGGGAGGCGCAGGGGGAGUGGGAGGGGGAGGCGGAGGCGGAGGGGGAAGCACAGCAGGAGGGGGGGCAGAAGGGGGAAUCGGGUCGGAGACAGGGGGAGGGAAUGGGGUUGGAGGGGGAGGGGAUAAGGGGGCGAGGCAGCAGGAGAGGGCGUUUGUAGCGGAGUGUCAGAACGUGGGCAAGGGCAUGGUGCGCAGUGCUCAGCUGUCACACAGCGUGGUGGAGAGGAACAAACGCACUCUGUCCAUCCUCCUCGAGUACCACAAGACAACGGCCGCCGCCCGGACGGCCCUCGCCGACCGGUCCCAGGCGCUGCUGACGUGGCAGACGCUGGAGAGCGAUCUGGGCGGCAAGAAGACAAAGCUGGACCGGUUAGGGUCGGUGGACGGAUCAGAUCCUGCCAAGCAGAAGAAGGCUCAGGAGCUUCAGAGAGAGAUUCAGGCGCUUGAGAAGGCUAAAGAGGCUGCUACUAACGAGUACAGAAAGAUCACUGAGCGCAACGCAUCGGAGCUGCAGCGAUUCGAAAGUGAGAGGAAGCAGGAGUUCCUGGCCAUGCUGGGCAAUUUCGUACAGGACCAGGUGCUGUGUGCACAGAAGAUGGCAGCCAUAUGGGCACCAGCAGGGGAGGAUCGGCCGUCUCAGUCCUGA